UUUGCAGUCUCAAUAAAUAAUAAUAUUUACAGAGCAAGUAUUCUACUAAAUUGACAUCUUCAAGUCAAGCACAAACACAACUCUUGCAAGUAAUCCUGCCAUGGGUCAAUUCAAGCUCACCCUCUUAGCUAUUUCUUUGCUUUUCUUGCCUUUUCUUAAGGCCACCGAUUUCAAAUAUUGCGACAAGGAAGGUAAUUAUGUUGUGAAAGUCAAUGGAAUCGAAAUAUCACCUAAUCCUGUGGCUAGGGGCAAGCCAGCUACCUUCACCAUCUCAGCUUCUACUGGUCAAGCAAUAUCUGGAGGCAAAGCGGUGAUUGAUGUUUCCUACUUUGGGGUACAUAUCCAUCAAGAAACUCAUCCUCUUUGUGAGGAAACAACCUGUCCUAUUUCUGUUGGGAACUUUGUACUCUCUCACAAUCAAGUUUUACCUGGAUUUACUCCACCAGGUUCCUACACACUUAAGAUGACAAUAUCAGGCGAUGAAAUCCCACAGUUAACCUGCAUUUCCUUUGAUUUCAAAAUUGGUUUCGGUACUUCUGGAUCUUCGGUUUCCGAUAUCUAAGCUACCAAUUUUACAUGUGAACGUACAAUGUAGUGGGAUGUUUGCUUAUUUUCAUAUGGACAGAUCUCAUGUUCUAAAACCCUUUGUACAUUUAUUUUACUAAUAAUAACUAGGCAAUUAUUCCACAUGUCCUAAAUAUAUCUGAAUCCUCUCAGGCA